GGAAGGAAGGAGAAGGAACCAUGUCUCAGUGAGAUUGACUAUGAAUACUUUCUUGUAGCUGUUGAGAUGCAGCAGUUAUCUCAGGGCAUGGAUGUAAGAAGACAGAUUAGGACACUCAGAAUGAAGGGGUCGUGCUGUAAAUGAAUAUGUCAUGGUCAGGGAAGUAGACAAGGUGGUCAGGGAUGGUGGCAGAGUUGGAGUCCAAAUGUCCAGUGAAUUGAGAGACAAAAGUGAUUCUUGGUUUGGUGUGUUCUUAUGGAUUGAAUAAUAUUGGUGAUUAUUUCUUAUCUUACUGGAGAUACACACUUAUCUUCAUAUAUUAUAUAUUUGUUAUUGUUCAGUCACUAAGAUGUGUCUGACUGUUUGUGACCCCAUGGACUGUAGCCCACCAGACUCCUCUGUGGUAUUUCCCAGACAAGAUACUGGAGUGAGUUGCCAUUUUCUUCUCCAGGGCAUCUUCCUGAUCCAGUAUCUAACCCAUUUCUCCCACAAUGGCAGGAAUAUUCUUUACCACUGAACCACCAGGGAAGCCCACAUGUUGAUUAUAAAACAUUUAACAUCGACUUUGUACAGAGAAUAGUGAAAUAUGAAUCCAGCUGGUCAUUCUGUGGAGCCUGAAAGAGCAAGAGAUAAUAUUUGUCAACCUGUGAAUGUCUUUAGUGCAUUGAAAUUAGCAGCCCGUUGUCUCUCCUUUGCCCUCCAGAUUUCAAAAAGAGCAGAAGCACCCAGCUAAAUGUUGAAAAAUUACUCUAGCACCACGGAAUUUUAUCUCCUUGGCUUCCCUGGCUCUAAAGAACUGCACAAUAUUCUUUUUGCCACUUUCUUUUUCUUCUACUCGGUGACAGUGAUGGGAAAUAUCCUCAUUAUUGUGAUUGUCUGUGUUGAUAAACGUCUGCAGACCCCCAUGUAUUUCUUCCUGGGUCACCUCUCUGUCCUAGAGAUGCUGAUCACCACGGUGACUGUCCCCUUGAUGCUCUGGGGUCUGCUACUUCCUGGGAUGCAGGCAAUAUCCUUGACUGCCUGUUGUGUACAACUGUAUUUGUACCUGUCUUUGGGAAUAUCGGAGUUCAUAUUAUUUGCUGCGAUGGCUGUGGACCGUUACGUGGCCGUCUGUAACCCUCUGCGGUACACCAUCAUUAUGAACAGCCACACCUGUCUCUGGGUGGUAAUUGUGUCCUGGGUGUUUGGCUUCCUGUUUGAAAUCUGGCCAGUCUAUGUCACGUUUCAUCUUACUUUCUGCAAAUCAAACGUGCUAGACAAUUUUUACUGUGACCGAGGACAGCUAUUCAAGCUAUCGUGUGAUGAUAGCCUUUUCACAGAAUUUAUUCUUUUUUUAAUGGCUGUUUUUGUACUUUUUGGUUCUUUGAUCCCUACAGUUGUCUCCUACACCUACAUCAUCUCCACCAUCCUCAAGAUCCCUUCAGGAUCUGGCCAGUGGAAAGCCUUCUCUACAUGUGCCUCCCACUUCACCUGUGUCGUGAUCGGCUACAGCAGCUGUUUGUUCCUCUAUGUGAAACCCAAGCAAACGCAGGCCGCUGAGUACAACAGGGUGGCAUCACUGAUGGUUUUAGUGGUGAACCCAUUUCUGAACCCUUUUAUCUUCACCCUCCGAAAUGACAAAUUCACAGAGGUGUUUCGAGAUGCCAUGAAAAGCUGCUAUCGACUCCUCAAGGCUUAGCUGUUGUCAGGACCACCAUGGAUUCAUCAUCUUGGGCCUGAGUAAGCUGAGAGCUCUGAUUCAAAUCUGAAAUAGUCAUUUUCAUCAUCAAGUAGUUUAUGGUCUAUGAUGUAACUUUUAGCUUUUAAUAAUCACUUCCUUAUUUUUCAGUGGAUAUAUUCAUUUAUACACAUUAUUGUAGUUACAGUGGAUACAUUCAUUUAUACACAUUAUUCUAGUUAAAAUACACCUUGCAAGAUAAAUUUAAUAGGACUUACCAGAUGGUCCAGUGGUAAAGAAUCCACC